AUGGCAUUGAUCACGCAGCCUCCAUCAAUGAAUAAUGCAGUGACGAGAGAGAUGCAACUACACGAUAUGAGAGUGAGAGCCAUACAAGAGAACCAAAUGAGGCUAGAACAAAACAGGGUGACAGCAUCCUCUUAUCGAUAUCAUUACGAGGUAUCGAAUGCAGGGAAAGAAGGAAAACGUAGUGGGAGCAUAUCACAUUCAUCCUGGAAUGAUCAAGAGGCUAAGAGAAAGCGCAGAUUGGCAAAAUACAAGCUUUACGAAGCUGAAGGCAAGGCCAGGUCCUCUUUUAAGGAAGGACUACGCACCUUUAAGCUUGCGUGCAGGAAGUUGAUCCCCAAUAAUGAGUGUAAAUUUAAAGAGCAAAGUGCGCGUCUCCACCAUACCUGGGAGCAGAAGAGAGGCACGCGAGAGGGCUAA